AUGGAUAAUUUAAUAGACUUUGAUACAAGCCCAUUGCAGAUUAAUGAAAAUCGUGAGAAAUCAACCUUAAAUAAAUUUCAAAGUUUUUCAGAUAAAUUGAAAGAGUGUGAUGUUGAAAAGGGUCUUUUUAACUCAGAUGAAUUCGAGAAACUACUUACUUUUCCUAUUGAAACACAGCUAAUAGAAAGUUCACAAAGCAGGUUGAUAGCAACAGAGAGAUUAUAUUUAAAUAGUAAUUAUGGAGCGAAUGAUUUAAAAACAUCAGAAAACAAAUUCAAAAUCGUUUGGAAUUCCAAGUCUGAAAAUAGUAGUAAAUCAAAAGUAAAAUUUUUUGAUGAAGAGAGUAAAGAUAGUAAUCCGAUCAGUUUGAAUAAAACAUACGAUAAUCAGCAAAAACAAGUCAAGCAGUCAUUAAAUUUUGAGGAUAAGUGUGAAGAUGCGUUGUUAAUAGAUUUUGAAGAAAAAACUUCACCCCCAAAAGAUUAUCAAAAAGAUACAAAUAGUAGCGCCUUAAAUAUUGAGAAAAAUAGUCCACGAAGUAAAAUUAAUAAGGGUGAUAUGAAAAAUCGUUUACUAAAGUUGAGCAUUUCAAACGCCUUAAUUCAAUCACCGGUGAGUAGAAGAAACUCAUUAGAGGAUAAAACAUCCUCAGAGCGUCUUAUUUUUAAUGAAGCUGCCAAAAUUGCUAAACAAUUAUCCCAAACCAGUUUAAGUACACUUGAUUCUUCACCUAAAGAGCGUUCGGAUGAUUCAUGCGAAGAUUUAAUGCAAAUCAACCCAAAAUGGGUAGAUUCUAUGUCAGAGAGUGAUAUCUCAAAAGAUCUUGAAUUACUGAAAAUACCUAUGUUAGAUAAAAUAUCAGAAGAUCUUAAAAAAAAGGAAUUGUCCGCAGCAGCAGAAUUAAGUUUUAUGAAACCAGAUGCUGAGAAAUUUGGCAUAAGUGUUUUGAAAGAAAAGUUAAAGAACAAAGAAAAUAAAAAAUCAGCUGAAAAUGUUGAUCAAUUGAUAUUUAACCUUAAAAACUAUGUUAUUAAUAGCGAAACAGAUCUUGAAAAAAAAAAUGAAGCGCAAAAACUUUUAGAUUCUUUAAGUUGCCUUUUAAAAAACGAAAAUGGUCUCGGUAAAAGUGAAAUCAUUGAAGUGACAGAAACUAAAAAUUUAGACAAUUCAAGGCCUGUUAACGCUUUUGUUCGGCAAGCUACUUUUAAUUAUGAUAGAGAAAGUAAUAUUUGCGAAACUAAAAAAAAUGGAGAACGUGAAGUUCUUGAUAUAGAAAUUCAAACAGAGGAACAAGAGGAUAAAUGUGUACAGUCCGAGACACCGAAUGAAAUUAAUUAUAUGGUUAAGCAAAUAAGUAGAAUGUUAGAGCAGAAUCAAAAUGAUAGUAUUGAACAAGUCGAAUUAAAAAGCUCUUUGUCAUCUAUGACUUCAAAACCAACUAUAAUUGUUAUGAUGCCUUCCCCUAAUCAAAAAGAAUUUCGUAGACGUAGUUGCUCUUUGACCUUGAUUGAUAAUAAAAAUUUGCGGUUACUUAAAAGUAACAGUCAUUCAAAAGAAAACAUAAACCAUUCGAGGGAUCACAAUUUUUUCAAAACACCUACUAGAAGUUAUUUAAGUAGACGUAAUUCCGUUUCAAGUGUAACUCCGCAUAGCGAUAUGAAAAAUUUGCGUCUUCGACGAUCUAUUUAUGAAAAUAUUAAUACUAAUAUUGAAAAAUCAAAUGAGAACGCUAAUGUAUUUGAUAAUAUUCCAAUAACAUCUAAAAUAAAUUCUACUGGAGCUUCAAAAAAUACCGGAACAAAAUAUAUUUCUUCAAGAAGUGAGUUUAAUGCAAAAAACUUACGAUUAAAGUCUAGUGAAAAUAUACCAGUAAAAGGUCCAAUCAAGGCGACUUUUCAGAUAAACACUGUUAAAUCCAGUACAAAGGUACUUCAUUCAACACCAAUUCAAAAUUCUAAUAUAAGAAGAAAAAGUGUGUUCGGUACGAAUUCGUUUUCGUUAAAUACCGGAAAUUGCAUUAUAAAAAAUCCUCCAAUAGCCUGUUCUACACCAAUGAAUGGAUCUCCAACAAGCUCUCCUGUUAAUAAAAAAGUAAAUGCUCAACGUCUUUCAGUAACACCAAAUUCGAAAACUCAGUCAAAUUCUUUAAAUGUAUCAGGCAAUUUCCCACGAAAUCGAAGAAAUUCCUUUUCAGGUUCUUCAAAAUUGACAGGAAAAUCCAGAAGUAUUGUUCAGACUUCUCCUGGUUCAAAAGUGUCAAUGGAAGCUCCAAAAAUAAUAAAUAGACUAAAAAAACCUUCAACACCCACUCGAUUUGCUGCUCUUAAAAAAGAAAAUGUUGAACCAAAAAAGUAAGAUAGAACAGUAUAAUAAACAACAAAUACUUUAAUACAAAUAAUUCUUCAAAAUUCCUUCCAUUUUUUUUUUGUUGAAAUACAGA